AGUGUGACAAACCUGCUGCGACUUGUUUAACGGGGGCCUAGAGCCUCAGAACAAAGGCUUGGGUGUUGGGGGAGAAAAUUCCCUAAUUUGUGAAACAGGAAACAGACAAAGCAACCCCCUGGGCGGGGCUGGGAAAACUGACCAGACUUCCAGUGCUGAACCCCUCAGCCUGCGAGCCAGGGGCUGGUGUGACAUGGAAAGGGGGCACCCACCAGGGAGGUGUAGGGAAGGUGUCCUGGCCCCUCACAUCCCGCUGCUGGCAGUGGGGAGGGUGUUGGGUUCCUACCCUGGGGCUGGAUCAGCCUCUGGCUCGUAGGGGUGUGAUGGAUCUGCUGGCAGAGACAAGGGGUCUCUCUUUGUUCUCUCACCAUGGUGCCCCCCGGCUGCUCUCGGCAGUGUGGGGAUAGGACUCUGCUGACUGUCUCUGUCUCAGAGCUUCCAUUUGAUUGGUUCCUUUCCUCCAUGAAUAGUGGGGCAGCUGGUGUUGGACUCUUGCUCUUUCAGGGGCCGGUGACCUUCGAGGAGGUGGCUGUGUAUGUCACCAGGGAAGAGAGGGCUCUGCCGGACCCCACUCAGAGAGCCCUCUGCAGAGACGUCAUGCAGGAGAACUAUGAGAAUGUGACCUCGCUGGCGCCUGCGGGCAAUCUGUUCGUGCACUUUUCUGGGCAGUGACAGCGCGGACGCC